ACGCGCCACCGCAGACACAGCGACCGCUUAUAACCUCGCCCCAGCCGGACGCUCUGAAGCCACCGCCGUCUUCAGACGAGCUGUUUCCUCUCAUGUACUCACUCAGGCUCGCUACCAGCGGCAGCACAGCACUAGGCUUCACGCUCGGCCGGUUCGGCGGGAAGACAGGCGGCGGCGCCGCAGCAGGAGGACUAGCGGCACCCGCAGCGGCGGCGCACGUAGGGAGGAGGAGCGUCUCCGCGACGUCGAACUCCGCCGCGCCGGUGCCGGGCGACCAGGGCGUCGGCAUGGACCCGGGCAAGCAGCAGCAGCAGCACAAGCCCCACGCGCCGGCGGGGGAGCAGCAGGGCGAGGACGUGCACAAGACCACUACUGCUCACGGGGACGUGAUGACCCACUCGUUCGGGGAGGGGUACUCGACGAGGUCGGACGAGGAGGGGUUCGGAGGGGUCUACGGCCAGAACGACCCUGUGCUCAACCCUGGGACCGAAGUGCACCCAGACCAUCCUGACUAUGACAAGUCGCAGGGAUCGGAGGUGAAGGAGAAGGAGAAGGCGCGCCAUCUCAAGGACGACAAGCACGCGACCUGAGAUGGAAGUCUAGAUUGCUAGGUGGAGAUCAAUAAUUUGGAUUAUCGUAGCUGUUCAGUGUUUACUUUGCUUUGUUUGGUCGCCAUGAGGUGCCAGGCUGCUUCUAUUCCAACUGCCAGCCUGCUACUGAAGUUCGCUGUGAUGUAAAAUUAGUACUGGUUGUAAGCUUCUUCUUAAAGAAGCUUAUAUGUG